UGUGUGUGUGUGAGAGAGAGACAGAGAGAGACAGAGUUGUAAUCUACUACUUGUUUUCGCUUUUUCUACUGAGUAAGAAAGUUUUGUGGGUUAUAUUAAAUAUUAAAGGAUGUCUUUGGAUUGAUAUAUAUGGAUUGGAUCAAUAAGAACACAAAGAAAAGUGAAAACCCAUAGAAAAAAAAGCUUUUGAUUUUUGGCAAAGAGUUUCUUACAGUUUCUGGGUAUUUUUGUUGAAUUGAAUCAAUGAUGGGUAGGAAGAAGAUAGCAAAGAAAACAAAGGAGCUAUCAGUACUAGUAAUAGCAGAAUCAUCAUCAUCAUCAAUAAUAGUUGCAGAACAAGAACAACCAAAGCAACAGCAACAGCAACAGCAACAGCAACAGCAGACUCAUACUCCUAGAAAAAGGGGUAGACCUCGCAAAAUAGUUGAGAAGACUGAAAGUGAAGAUGAGAUUAAAGAAGAAAAUGAACCGAAGAAAGUUAAGAUGAGAGAAGAGGAAGAAGAAGAUGAUGAUGAGAAGAAAGAAUUGCCAAGGUCGUCGUUUGUGGGGGAUACAAUUACAAAGAAAGAAGGGAGAAGCAGAGCUCGGCGAAAGAGUAAACCCCGUAAGAGCAUCUAAACUGAUCAGAAAAUUUUUUUUUUUUUUUUUUUUUU